AUGGGAGCCGGGGCGGUCAUAGAACCGUUGGUGGUUAUUGUUCUCUUGUUUGGAGGUACUUGGAUUAACCGCUCUGUGGGAUCCUCGACUAAGUACAACACUCGACGGAACUCAAACCUUCGACGAGCCUCAUCUGAUUCCUUGGAGUCGGGAUACUCGAGCCAAUCGACAAAGGAUGGCUUACUGCGCUCUCGGUCUCAUUCACCACAAGCGGAAGAUCGAUGGCACAAGCGACAGGUUGGACUCCUGGGUGUGACCUUUGAGGUGUCCUCGCCAAAUACUAUUGUCUUCCAAGACCGCUUGCUCAGUCGGUUACUUCGAAAGUUUCCUUUCUUAGUGGAAUGUUGGUAUUGGGCCUUGGUUUACUGGGUAGGUCCGAUCUCUGAUUUUGCUUGUUGGAUUGAGGGAUUCCUCUUUAUACCGUUCACCCUAUCCCACCCAUGGCUCCGCAACAGGGAAGAGGUGAGAAGCUCACAGUUUAUGCAGACAUACCAGCUCGGUCGCGCGUUUACCGCCGUGACGCUGAAGGACGACACCGUCGAUGUUGCGAGGAAACAUGCAUUGCAACUAAUCGUGAUCGAGGAGAAGUUGGGUAUGUUCUGGGAAACCUCGAUUCAAAGUCACUACCUUCACCGCCCCCUUCUUAUGUCUUGGAUCAAUUGGAUAUACUCCUUUAUACACAUUCCUGGAACAAUCGCGUUUCUCGUCUGGCUCUAUUACUAUACUACCGUGCGGAAUCGGAUCGAUGAGACCCAGCCCGGAAAGCCCAAGGGAGCCACGAGCGGAUCGCCUGCAGGUCCUCUUCUAUACCAGGCGCGUCGGCGAACAUUGGCCGUGUGCAAUCUUCUCGCAUUUGUGGUUUUCACUCUUUGGCCUUGCAUGCCGCCUCGGUUACUAAGUGACACAACUGCUGAUGGCCAAGAUGCGGAUCUAGCCCGCAGUUAUGGCUUUGUGGAUACGGUGCAUGGCAUUAAUGGAUCGGGCAGUGUUUGGACGGAAAAUCGCUUCUGUAAUCAAUAUGCGGCAAUGCCUUCCUUACAUUUUGGCUACUCUCUAAUGAUCGGCCUCACAUUGAUAACAAUCCCUCUACCACAGCACCACCGGCACACAAUCCUGCGUACCAGGCUGACCCGCAGCCUAAGACUGGAACUCCCAUCGUGGCACCGCCUUGUUUGUGUCAUACUUGGCUUCCUAUAUCCAUUUACCAUCCUGGUAGCUAUCGUUGCCACGGCCAACCAUUUUAUUCUCGAUGCAGUCGCGGGAGCUGUGGUGUGUGCCUUGGGGUGGUAUUUCAAUGGGGUGUUGCUCAAUCUCUUGCCACUGGAAGACUACUUCCUUUGCCUCGUUCGAAUUCACAAACCGGAACCGUCACUUCUUGAUGUCACCGAAGAGGGCUACGCGAGUGAAAGUACUCUGGAACGUGGCAUUUGA